AUGAGCUCGUCCAACGAGCCCGAUGAUCUUUCCCUUGGGCCAGAAGGUAUUCACUCUCGACUUAAGAAAUUAUGCGACCUUUUUGAGCAUUCUAAGAAGGCAAGUCCAUUCUUUUAGUGAAUGCAACAUCAGAAGUUGCUGCUUGUUACAAUAGUUUACUUGGUAUGUUUGUCUAAAACGGAUCCUCUUUCAGGACUUCCAGCAUCUCAGACCAGAGGAAUGCACCACACAGCAAUCUAUGGAGAUCCUGACCCGUCUGGAUGUUCUCCAUUCCAGUGUAUAUCGAUUGUUUGCGAAUACGAAGAAGAGAUUCCGCGAGAAUAAGAACCGUCGAGAGGUAGGUCCCAUUUUUUGGAUAUAUGCCUUUUUACAGGAGGCUUCGAAUAACAACACGUCCAGAACCAAGACAACUGUUGACACCACGGUAAGCCCUUCUUAGUUUGGUAUUAUUUUUGGCAUUUUGCGGCAUUGGGUUUUUAAGAUUACUAGUCCGUCCGGAAAGUCGAUGGAAAGCUUUUUAUGUUUACGUGCAAGGUGCGAGCGAUAGUCGGAAAAAACUUAUUGCAUGGUGCAAAAGGCAAGAAAUGGCACAGUACAAAGUGAAGUUUUUUUCUCACAGUGCAUGUUGCCGAAAUCAUUGUAUUGACUUUCCGGACAAACUGGUACCGUCGAACGCAUUGGAAUUUCCCUAAAACGUUUAAAUUUUAGGACUCCAAUAACGAGAAUCUGAAUGAAACUGCGAAUCUGAAUGGAACUGCUAAUCCGAACGGUUCGACGAUUACAGAAGUAGGUUUUUUUUAAAUGUACUAUUCCGCGUUUAGAUUACACCACGGGUAACGAGAUCGCAGAAACGGGCUGCCGAGCUUCCAAUGCAACCAAAACCAGCUAAGAGACUCACCCGUGCUUCAAGACGCGCUGAAUCCAUUCAGCCAGUCAAUGAGAAUCCGACCGAAAAUGGAGGCGCUCAAGAAGAACAGAUGGAGGUGGACAACACUCAGACGGCCGUCAACUCUAGCGUUGAUGCUGUCCGGAAUUUGAAUAUCGAAAGUCAGACGGGUAAAGAGAAUCGUACAGACCUGGCUAUUCAGACCGAAAAUGGUAAUGGUUCUGCUGCUGCAAAUGCUGAAAAUGGAGGCACAUCAAAGACGGUCAGAGAACAAAUUGUCGAGCUUGGCCUUGAAAAGAGCGUUGAGAAGAAGUUGUUGACGGUUCCUAACAUGGAGGCAUGCAAGAGCAAAGUGAGUAUUCCUUCGGUCUAUUCUGAGUUUUCCAAAACAUUUGUUAUUCUUCAUGAUUAUCACGAUGAUUUCACUCGCAAUCCCCGUUUUCGAUCUCGUACCUCCGAUAAUUGUUAAUAAACUUUGUUAUUUGUCCGAUUAUUCUGUUAUAUAAGCUGGGGGUUAGAGGAAGAGGUCUAAAAAUGUCUUAGUCACCAUCAACUCCGAAGUGUAUAUAACAAAAUAAGCCGGUUCCCACCAAUGUAUUAUUCACGACAAGAAUAAUAUGUUUUCUCUCAGGAGCCAGACGCCGACUGGAGAAGAGGACUUGAUCAGCUUCUCAAUGAUGACAUCGGUGAUUUGACGGUGUCGCUGGAAGACCAGGAUGUCGAGGACGAGCAUCAGGAAUUGGGAGCUUCUGAUUUGUCGGAUCAUCCAGAGGAUUUGGUGAGAAAGAAGAAGAAAAAAAAGAAGGAGGACGUUCCCGAAGAAGUUAUUCUCAGUUCUGAUGAAGAGAUCGUGCCGCCAAGAAGAAGAAGGAAGGAACCUUCGGAUGAGGAUGAAGAUCAGGAUUCAGAAGAAGAUGAGGACGAAGUGCCAAAAAAAAGUAAAAAGUCCAGAACUAAUGUUAUCCUGUCUGAUGAUGAAGAAGAAAAUUCUGAUGAGGAAUCCGAGGAGGAUGAUGAGAGUGCUCUCAGUGUUGUUGAAGAGGAUGAAGUAAGUCUUACAAAGUUUUUUUUUUAUUUCUUUUAGGAACUCGAGGAGCUUCUCCGAACUCGCAUCAACAACAGCAGUGAUGAAGAUGAGGAGGAGUCCAAUCCAGGCCCAUGCAGAAGAUCAAGAAGACUUGCGAAGACGCAGGAUUCAAAGGAGAAGAAGUCCAAGGCUGUCUCUGAUGCGUACGUUUAUUAUAACUUAAUGCUGAACCUUAUUUUAGUGUUAACAAGAGAAAACGGGUGACUCUGGGCAGCGACAGCGAUGACGUCUUCAAUAGGCAAGGAUCCAGCAGUAGCCCGGAUUUCAUCAAUGAUAGUCAGGAAUCGAAUGUAAGUAGAGCAAAAAGUUUGACUUGCAAUCAAAUCGUUGUCUCGGUUAUUUUUAGGCCCAAAAGACGAAUCCUUUGGAGAAAAAGAAAGGCAAGCGAAGAAGACGGCAGAUCGUUGAUACUGAUGAUGAAUUGAUGGAAGAGGAUGAAGAAGAACAAGCCGAGCCCGAAACAAGUGAAAAGGAAAAGGCCACGAAAGCAAAGAAAGGAAGAUUGUGCAAAGAUACGAGAGAUGCUGAGAAGGAAGAGAGGGAGCGAGUGAAGAGAUUGGCGGAGAAACAGAAGGAUUUCAACGGAAUUCUGAUUGACGAAGCCGCCGAUGCGGCAGCUGCUUCUGGAGCUGGAAGUAAGUGAAGGGAGAGAGUAUAAGGUUUUUUAGCGAUUGCUGGCCCUGUGGUUCAAGUCGUUCUGGAUGAAGAUACGGCCUCCGAGAAUCCCGAACCCGUGAAAGUGCCUCCGGAAUUGGUCCGAGUCCUCAAAAAGCAUCAGGCUCAUGGAAUAAAGUUCCUUUAUGAUCUCACAAUUGAAGAUCUCAAGAGAUUGGAUCUCCCCGGAGGUGGGGGAAUCCUCGCUCAUUGUAUGGGACUGGGGAAGACUCUUCAAGUGAUCGCUUUCUUAUACACCAUCUUGAGUCAUUCCAAGAUCAAUAAGGUGAUCAGAAAAGCGUUGGUGGUAGUACCAAAGAAUGUUGUGAUCAAUUGGGAGAAGGAAUUUGAGAAAUGGGUAUUUGAAAACAAUCUGAAGGGCAUUGAUGUGAGUUCAAGUCAUACUAGACCACUUUAAUAUUUAUUUUUUAUGCUGUUUUUGACUAUUUUGAUUUAGGUGGUCUCCAUCGAAGGUAACAAUGAAAUGCACAGUCGUCUGCAGGUCCUCAAAGAUUGGAAGGAUUCCAAAAAUCCGGCUGUUAUGAUCAUUGGCUACGAAAUGUAUCGAAUUUUAGUGACGGAUCCAUUCACUCCAAACAAAAAGGGAGUCAAACCAAAACCAACCCCUGCUAGAAGGCUCCACAAGAAGUUGUUGAGCGGUUUCCAGCAAUAUCUGCAAGAUCCAGGACCAGAUAUCGUGAUCUGUGAUGAAGGGCAUAAGUUGAAGAACGAUGAAAGUAAACAAAGUUUGGUCAUGGCUUCUUUGAGGACCAAGAGAAGAGUCUGUUUGACGGGUACUCCCAUGCAGAACAACUUGCUGGAAUGUAAGUUUAGAUUUUUAUAUUAUUGAUUGUAAUUUUUUGUAUCAAUAGUUUAUAUUAGGUCUAGAAGUAUGACUCCGCCGUUUUCUUGUUUUGCAUUUUUUUACAGGUUGCCGUAAGGUUUUAAAAUUUCUGUUAAGAUCUUCUGAAAGAACUUUGAAAACGCUAUCUACUGAUAUAUUUUUUGUGUGACAAGGCUUGACACAGCGGUUUUUAUGAAGCUUCAAAGAUGACCAACUUCGUACCUGGAAAAUCGUCAUUUGCGGGAAAUUUUACUCUGCACGUGUAAUGCGAGGGAAAACGUCGUUAAUGCAUCGGAUGCUUAGAGAAGCUUACGCUAGUUGUGCUUAGUGAGAAAAAAUACGUGGGGAAUGUGUUUAACGGUUCUAGCCCCGUGAUUUCCAAACCCAUCUAAAAAAAUUGAAAUAGAAGAUUAUUGGGUACAAAACGAUGCCGAUACACAAAAAAAGUUAGCCAUGAUGCUCAAAGUGCCACAGAAAGGGGUUUCACUCAGUUUUCAACGAAUGGAAAAGAUCCAGAGAGAACGGACAUAGGUGUCUUAUGGAUCGACCUAAAACAAUAUGGAGAACUUGCGAAAUUUUGAUAGACAGACAGAAAGGAAGCUAUUUUUGCAUCGUUUUAUGACCACAGGCAAGAAACUGAGCGAUUUUGAGAACCCGAAGUGCAAGCGACCGCAUAGUCUAACAUUACCGGUAAGAAAGCUUUGCUCUGUAUAUGAUGACAGAAACAAGAUGUUCUUCACUGUAGGCUCUUAAAACCCGGUAAAACGGUUACUGGCCUCCGUUGACAACAGUGGUCGUUGAAAUUGAACGGAGAGCUAUGAUUAAAGCGGUCGGAAUGACCAAUUUUUAUUAUGCUGCAUGAUCACGCUAGAACCCAUGUUGGAAAACUGGUCAAGGACACCCCAGAACAGCUAGGGUGGGAGGCCCUACCCCGCCCGCUAUACUCUACUGACAACGCACUUUCAGAUAAGCACUUAUUUCCACCGAUAGCUCACGAUCUGAGGCAGCAGCGCUUCGCUAGACACAAUGAUGCCAAAAAUUGGAUUGAUAUUUGGACGGCUUCAAAACAGCCAAAAUUUUUCUUUGGUGGAUUGAAAAGUUGACCAAAUUACGGAAACACCUCGUAAUUAAUGGUAGAAUAUAAAAUUGGAUAAGGUUUAGUGUAAAAAAUUUUUGCUAUCAUCAAAACAAUCAGCAGAAAAAAACGGCAAAGUCAUACUUCUAAACCUAAUAGUGACCUUUGACAUUUACACUUUUUACAUAGUGGUCGCAAUAAUUCUUGAAGACGUUUAUCUUGAUUUCUGGGUAAAAUUAAUCGAAAAUUCGAAUAAAUGGGUGGGUACUUCGCCGAGACCGAAAUAUGCUUUUGACGCACGGCAUGAUCAUGAACUUAAAUGUGUUUAUAAUGUUGUCGUUUCAGAUCACUGCAUGAUCAACUUUGUCAAGCCUGGGCUUUUGGGAACCAAAGAGGAAUAUACGAACAGAUUUGUGAAUGUAAUCAAAGCCGGACAAGCCAAAGAUGCGGAGUAUGAGGAGGUGGUGGCCAUGAAAAGAAGAUGCCACGUCCUCUUUCAGAAGCUGAAGAAGGUCGUGGAUCGUCAAGAUUACCGGGUUCUCACUGAAUUCAUCCCUCCCAAGCAAGAAUAUAUUAUACAUGUUCGGUUGACCGAGAAACAAAUCUCCUUGUAUCAGGGAUAUGUGGCCGAGACCAUGAAAGAUGUAGCUGGACUUCAUCGUCGUCUCUUGUCCGAUUACCAUAUGCUGAGUAGGAUCUGGACUCAUCCCUUCCAAUUGGUUGUAAAUGCUCGGAAUAAGGCCCGUGAUGAAUCUGAUAUGGACUCCUUUAUUGAUGAUACUGAGGAUGACAGCGAUGGGGAGACUAGAAAGAAGCCAAAGCAACGCAAUAAUUUCAUUGAUGAUGAGGUUGAUAACACCGAGGAAAGAGACGCCAAUUCCCCAUUCAGAAUUCCCCUUUUUUGGUAUGAAGAUUUGGGGCUGAUCUCGGACGAAGAUGAAUUUAAAUUUGGAUUGAGUCAGAAGUUGAUGAUUCUGCAGGAUAUUAUCAGAACUUGUGAACAAAUCGGAGACAAGCUUUUGAUCUUCAGUCAGUCCUUGGAGAGUUUGACCUUGAUCCAGCACAUGCUCGAACAUCUCAGCGAUUCCUGGUUCAGCGAUCAUCAACCUUUGAUGCAGAGGAAUAACGAGAAAUGGGGAUGGGAUCUGGGAAAGGAUUUCUUUGUGAGUAUAGAGAAUUUUCACAUUUAAAAUUUUUUAUUCGAUUCUUUGCAUUGUAAAGUUUUAGAUAAUUUCCGGAAAACUGAAUGCGGAAGAGCGAGAGAGAGUCCAGAAACGUUUCAACGACUCCUCCAAACCCCGGGCCCGUGUCUGUUUGAUCUCCACCAAGGCUGGUUCCUUGGGAACAAACAUGGUCGCCGCCAAUCGAGUAGUCAUCUUUGAUGCCUGCUGGAACCCAUCGCAUGAUACUCAAGCCUUGUUCAGAGCAUAUCGCUAUGGCCAAACCAAGCCCGUCUAUGUGUAUCGACUGAUUGCUGAUGGAACUCUGGAAGAUGUAAUUUACAAAAGACAAGUCACCAAAGAGUCCACCUCCUUGAGAGUUGUCGACGAAAAACAGAUCAAGCGAUUCUUUACCAGGAGUGAUUUGGCCGAAUGCUAUCGUUUGGACAUCCAUCCUUAUAACCCGGAUCUGACCGUUACUUUGAAUCCACCGAAGGAUCGACUUCUUGGAGACAUCCUGGUCAAAAGACCUGAAGCAAUUUAUAAUUAUGAGGAAAGAGACACACUGUUAAAGCAUGUGGUGGAAGAAGUUCUUACUGAGAAGGUACGUUAAGGUUGGAACUCGCUAUUUACUUCAUUUCCUGUGAUUUUAAUAAUAUUUAUAGGAGCGAAGGGAGGCUUGGAACGAUUACGAAAAGGACAGAACUGCCGCCACCUUCAUCAGCAAGAUCGGAUCUCUGAACAUGCAGCAGUCCGAGAGAGAAUUCCUGAUUUGUAGGUUUUUUGACAAUAUGUUUUUGUUUUUUGUAUCAAGUAUAAUAUAAAUUUUUGUUUAGCUAUGGGUCAAUUUGUCCGUCAUCAAUCGAGCAGCUCUAACCCAAUGGUGGAUCCGAUCAGAACAAAUCUUGGGAAGACUCUGCUGGACCACGGCUGUGAUUAUCAUAAUGCUUUGGCCCUUCAAAUAUUACAAAUGGGAUUCUCGGAAUUGAUGGGUAAAGGACCGCAGAACAUUAGACAAGAGCAUCCAGAGCUGAUCCAUCCCGAUGAAUUCAUUGUCCGUCAAUUCUUGGUAAGAAUUAUUUAUUGAACAUUCUUGUCCGCUUCCAAGCUGCCGAGCUGAUCAGACUCGGAAUAACCUAAAGGCGGACGGAAACAAACUCCAAAAUACUUACCCCGACGACUGCCUUGAGUGUACUGCGGCGUCGCCGAGGUAGUUCUCGGAGUGAUGAUGAUCCUCUUAGGCCGGGAGAUUGAUGCAGAGGCCGACUGAAUAGUCGGGGAUGACGUAGUAACCCGGUUGAGAGAUCCCGGUCCACGUCUAACAACGAAACUGUCAGAUAAUCACGAAGUGAUGAGGAAGCCUUAUGGCUACAACCUUUUGACGAGAGUACUCCAAGUUUUACAGACCAAAUUUCUUUAUCUUCAACAACAAAUUCACACGACCUUACUUCAAAAAGAUACAAAAAACUAACUGAAUAAUAAUGAUGACAAUAUUCCCCUUUCUAGGCAUCCUUAUUCUGGACGAUUUGAAAUGGCGGGGAAAUCCAGAAAGGGGAAGACUUGUCACUGGGACAAGUAAGACUCAUAAAUAAAUAAAUACAAAAUGUAAAUUAUUUCGGGAUCGCAGUAGAAUCACUUCCUUUCCUUUCUCUGAUUCUCUGGAUCAGACAAUUCUUUUUUUGUUAUUACCGAUCUUAUAUUUUUAUUUUAGAGCCAUCCUCCCUCCCAUGCCUACGAAUUGACCAUGUUGGAUUGUCGCAACAAAUUCAAGGAUCUACAUCGGAAAUACGCUCAUCUGGACAGCCUGAAGACCACUUUCCAAUACCUGAGCAAGCUCCGUUACCUCCUCACCGAUUAUAAUAUGCCGGCCACCGACCCUGUCAUCACCAUCUGA